AGCAGCGGCCGCGCAGGCGCAGUCCCGGCUCCGGGCAGGCGGGGACCGUGUGGAAAGAAAGCGCAGGCACGUUCGUGGGCCGGGCCCGUGGGACCGUGGUCCCGGCCCUGAGAAACCAGCUCGGCAGGUCUUCCCACGGCUCUCCAUCCGACAGCUCUGGGUCUAGGACUUUCAAGAUGGUAGUGGCCAAGUCGGAGGUCGGCAGGGACGCCGCCGUCUACUUCCGCACGGCCAGACCCUUGCCCUCGCUGGUCACAGUCUUGGCACUGGGAUACGUCGCGUGGGUUGUCCUGUGGCCUGAGAGCAUUCCUUUUAAGAGCCUUGGGCCCCUGGGCUCCUUCACACAGUACUUGUUGAAUCACCAUCACACCCUCCUCCACAAUGGGUUUUGGCUUGCCUGGAUGGUUCAUGUGGGAGAGUCCUUAUACGCCAUGGUAUUGUGCAAGUAUAAAGGAAUCACAGACAGCCAGGCUCAGCUCCUCUGGUUCCUGCAGACAUUCUUCUUUGGAAUAGCUUCUCUCUCCAUCUUGAUUGCAUACAGACCAAAGCACCAAAAACGCACCUAAAGGAGACAGCAAAAGCAAUCUACUUUUCCAUUCAAUCUGUCCUUUUCUAGGAGGUGCUUCCUAUUUUCCAGGCAGUACCUAUCCUACAAAGCUGUUGAAUUCUUGUGGUUACUCAUCUUUCUUUCCUGUGCUCUGGUUAAACUUGAAUAGACCAGUUGUUACUGAAGACAGAAAUGAGAAAAGAUUCUGGCUUUCUGCCUCUGCAGACGCCCCUGUUUGGCAGAAGGCUUUGGGCCACCUUCCUGAAGUCUUGGUUGUGUUGGUAUUGGGUGGCCAUCUGGCUAAGGCUCAUCCUAAAUCUGCUUGUUGGUUUGUGUGCUCCUGCCUGAUUAACACCUCCCGCUUUCACACCACCUUCUUA